AUGGCUCCUAAGGUUGAGGGAGAGCAGAAGGCCGCCAAGAAGGGCCCUAAGAAGGAGCCCGCCGCUAAGAAGGCAGUUCCCGCGGGGAAAAAGCCCAUCGGCGACAAGAAAGAGAAGAAGAAGGCUCGCAAGGCCGUCACGGAAACGUACAAGAUCUACAUCUACAAGGUUCGCCAGACGCGCGCUGCCGUUAGUCUCAAAUGUUCCCCCUCGUCGGCCGCUCUUUCCCACGUCAUACCGCUUUCCUCGUCGCCCGCAAUUUCCCUCAUCUCCCUCGCCGACCCUCGCCGCCCUCGCCUCUGCUUGUCGCCCGCGCUUCCCGUCGUCGCCCUUGCUUCCCCGUCACCCGUGCUUCCCGUCGUCGCCCUUGCUUCCCCGUCACCCGUGCUUCCCGUCGUCGCCCUUGCUCUCCCGUCACCCGCGCUUCCCGUCGUCGCCCUUGCUUCCCCGUCACCCGCGCUUGUUCUCAUCUCUCGCUCUCCUCCUCAACGUCUUCGUUUCCCUCGUCGCCAUAACGCCCUCGCUUCUGCCCGUCGCCCUCGCCUCCCCACAUACCCGCCUCCAUCUCCCCCACAUACCACCCGCCUUCCUCCCCACAUUCUAUUCCGCUUGUCAUACGCUCUUCUCCUCUUCCUCCCUUCCAUCUCUCCCUCCCUCCCUCUCCCUCUCUCUAUCUCUCUUUCUUCGAACCUCUCUCUCACCCUUUCUUCCACCCUUCUUCCUCCUGAGGGGAAGGGACUGAAUGAGAGACACAGAGGGGAUAGGACAGAAGGGUAUGCAGAUGUUCUUUUCCCCCACGCGCUUCCCCUCAUCGCCCUCACUUCCCCCAAAUUGUUGCCCCCUGUCUCUGUUUUUCCCAACCACCCGUUCUCCCACCAGCCCUGCUUCCCCCUUUGCCCUGAUUCCUUCCACCCUCUGCCCUGCUCCCCCCCAUCCCCUUCCCUGCUUCCCCCCACCCUCUGCCCUGCUCCCCCCAUCCCGUUCCCUGCUUCCCCCCACCCUCUGCCCUGCUCCCCCCCAUCCCCUUCCCUGCUCCCCCCCACCCUCUGCCCUGCUUCCCCUCAUCCCAUUCCCUGCUUCUCCCCACCCCCUGCCCUGCUUCUCCCCAUCCCCUUCCCUGCUCCCCCCCACCCCCUGCCCUGCUUCCCCCCAUCCCCUUCCCUGCUUCCCCCCAUCCCCUUCCCUACUUCUCCCCAUCCGCUUCCCUGCUUCCCCCCCUCUUUUGCUGCUUCCCCCUACCCUCUGCCCUGCUCCCCCCCAUCCCCUUCCCUGCUUCCCCCCAUCCCCUUCCCUGCUUCUCCCCAUCCCCUUCCCUGCUUCCCCCCAUCCCCUUCCCUGCUUCCCCCCAUCCCCUUCCCUGCUUCCCCCCAUCCCCUUCCCUGCCGUGCCCUCUCUGUUCCCCGCCCCUGCAUGUACGGAGGGAUUGGGAGCCGCUUUGCCUAG